UCUUCCUGUCUAUCUAUUCAAUCAGUCUCUAACAGCAACUAUUCAAAUUCCGCUACCUUGAUUCCCAGUAAUCCAGAUUAUCAGAAACUCCGCCCAAAUGAAACCAGUCUUCUCAAUGCAGCAGAUAGGAAUGUCCCUGAGCAAGAACCCGUUGGGCAACCAAGCGAGUCAGGAUGUGAUUCCAUUCUAGGGCCAAUUCUUAAUGAAAUCCCUCGGCCAAAGAGAUCUUCUCCAGUUAAACUUACUACUACACUGGCUUCUUUGCCCUCCUCUCCUCCUUUCUCUCUACCAGCGCAAACAUCCUCGAUACCACUAAUUCCUCUUACUCCUUCUCCCCAUGCCCCUCUCCCUCCCCCUCCUUCGCCUCCUCCUCCUCCUCCUCUUCCGCCUCCGCCUCCGCCUCCGCCUCCUCCCCCAUCUUCUGUUGCAGCACCCUAUCUACUUCCUCACUCCAACCUUCAUCCUCCCCCACCUCCACCUAGGCCAAUCCACGUAUCUGCAACAGGUUCGCCUCCACUUACACGCUUCCCCUCCAAUUCCCAGAUUCCUUCGCUUGAAGCUGCCGGUGUGGAAUUCUCUAUCUCUACACGGUCUCCUGAAUCAAGCCCACCUCUGCCAGUUUCUAUGACUAGUCCGGUGCUGCCGCUGGCCUAUUCGAGCCCAGAUUCCAGCGUCCCUGCUCAUCAGGUUUCUGAUUUAGGAAUCGAGCCUCGAAACAAUGAGACAGCAUCUGAUUUUUUUUCAGGUACCUCGACAUUUCGUCGUCGAAAGCCUCAGGCUUUGGUAGCUGAUCUUUCUUCAGCCCAGCCGUGCGUAUCAAUGCAGUUCAGUGAAGGCGAAAUCCAAAGCGGAGUCAAUAUUGUGAGCACCAUGCAACAGCAAUUCCACCCAAAGCAAUCACAACCAGAUCCGCCGUCAUUCACGCCUAGCUUGCAUCGACGCUGUAUUGGGCAGAUUAUCGGCCGUGACUGCCUCAUCUCAACGUCUGACGGUGGAUAUGGUGAUAUAUACAAUUAUUUGAAAAUGGAGAAGUGUCCCGUCUCACAAUUGUACUCUCAUCCCCCCACCCCUCAAGUGCCCCAUCUUUCGGAGAAUUCGGGCCCAAUCAACGCCACGAUACGCUCAGCUCAACUAAACAGCCACCCUCGGCAACAUAACGAAACAGUGCCCCUAGUGACUGCAGUGAUCCCUCCUCGUCGGUCGAGUAGCGUCAGUCGGGAACUUCUUGGUUCUACCACCUACCAUCCGCAAAAUCAACAGCAGAACAAUCAGCAAUCUCGUCUUCCUAACCAACAUAGGCAACAAAACAGAAAUAAUCAGCAUGAGCAGUCUCAACAUUCUUCCUCAAACUCGUACGCCGAACACUUUACAGUUUGUCCCGGUCAACUUAGCUUUACUGAUCUGCAAUCAAAUUGUAUGCCCAACAAUAGCAUACAUUCAACAAGGGUCACACAGGGAAUGUCCCAUAGCCAGGCUAAGUUGGGUCGCAAGUUUGGGGGCGUCAAACUGUUGCCGGACGCAGCCAGCAACGAGUUGGCGGCAACUGCUGCUGCCAUCCGUACUAGUACAGGGGGGGGUGUUGGCAACAGCUUAAUCCGCUCAGGGCCAGGUGCUCGAGAUGGAGUGCUUGCUUGGCGACAGAUGAGUUGUGAACCCCCAGACCGCAGGAUGCCUGAAGGUGAGCUCACAGAAUUUAUUGGCUAA